AUGCGAUCUGCCAAUCUUUUCGGCAUCUUUCUCUGCUUAUUCACAUUUGCCGAAGUAAGUCCAGAUAUUCAGUUACAGUAUUAUCCCGGGUAUUUUCGGACAAAACUACGGUAUUCUGGCUAUAAUCCUGUCAGUGAUUAUUCGAUUACUGCGUCCAGAAGACUACAAGUCUAAACUCGUUUAGAGCUGUAGACGUUCGUUAUACUAGACUCGGUUAGAGACGGCUGUUAUGACAACAUAUGCACAUGAUAUAAUAAAUCUUCAGGUUAUGGCUCGUCGAAGAAAAUGCCCUGAGGGCUCCUGGUCAGAAGGGCGGAUAGUGAAUGAGCUCAUGUCUAAUUACACGAAGAUGUUGCCUGACACGGAAGGCAGCGUCAUGGUCAACGUUGAGCUACAUGUUCAGGUGAGGCAAAGCGAUAUUAAAUAUCGAUUUUUUGUUAAUAAUAAAGAAAGCAUAAAAUAAAGAUAACAAUAAUCAUCUAUCUUUUAGGAUAUGGGUUCCUUAAACGAGAUCUCAGCCGAUUUCCAAAUUGACAUUUUGUUCACACAGUAUUGGCACGACGCUUCUCUAAGCUUCUCAAAUCACUCACAAUGCAUCAGAAACAUUACAAUGGAAACGAGGUAUCUUCACAAAAUAUGGACUCCAAAUACGUAAGAGUUACUUGCAGUUAAUGCUAAUAAAAAUGGCACACAACCGAUGCUCCCUUUUAGAUGUAUCAUAAAUUCUAAAGCGACGACAGUCCACAAAUCCCCCACGGAGAAUAUUUUCUUUAUCCUUUAUGAUGUAAGUCCACUAUUCUAAUUAUAUAAUCUUCAAAAUAGAAUGGAACUGUUUGGACGAAUCAUCGAUUAUCCGUGAAGGCUCCUUGUGCUCUCGAUCUCCGAACUUUCCCUUUUGACACCCAGACCUGUACUCUUUUAUUCGAGAGUUACAGUCACAACAACGAAGAGGUCUCCUUGCAUUGGAUGGAAGAACCAAUCACAUUGAUGAAGCUCAUCCAAUUACCCGACUUUGAUAUGGUCCAAUAUGACACGCGGAGAGAGAUGUUUGUGUAUCCGAAUGGGAAAUGGGAUCAGCUGCAGGCAGUGUUUACAUUCAAACGAAGAUACGGGUUUUAUAUUCUUCAGGCCUAUGUUCCAACGUAUGUCAUCAUCUUUUAUGAUUUGUUGUCGGAUUGGCGGCUCAUUUAUAAAUUUUUUCAGAUAUCUGACCAUUAUUGUAAGCUGGGUCUCUUUUUGCAUGGAGCCUAAGGCUUUGCCAGCCAGAACUACAGUAGGAGUGAGCUCUUUACUGGCCAUUACUAUGAUGGUAUGUUAUCCAUGGAAUAUAUAUCCGUCUAUUUCUAGUUCGGUAAUAUCUUGAAAAACCUUCCACGAGUGUCAUACGUCAAAGCUAUGGAUGUCUGGAUGUUGGGUGAGCAUAAUUUGACUGAUCCAUUCUUGUUUUAUUACUGACGACAAUUAUUUAGGAUGUAUAUCAUUCGUGUUCGGAACGAUGGUUGAACUGGCCUUCGUCUGUUACAUCACCAGAUGCCAAGCGGGUCAGAAAAGGCAUGAUCCUACCGUUCACGGGCCUUAUCAUUCUGUCAGCAGUUCUUCUUCCUCGUUAGUUGGUGGUCUCAACAACACUCCAGUUGGAGCCUUUGGUUGUUUAUCCAGUCGGGAUCAACAGAUCAACAGCGGAAGUCUGAGGUAUCGUCCGUACGCAAAUGGAGUGUGUGGAAAUGGGAGAACGGAGAUAAAUCGAUCAGUUCUUUUGAGUCAUGACCACCGGAACCGAAGGCCGAGCCAUAUUCAAGGUCCUAAUGGACCGACCACCCAUUUCCGGCAGAGUCCUUCUCCUCCGCCAUCUUCUCGAUUACUCAGAAAUGGGUCUCCAACUAAUUCUGCGCACAACAUCGAGAUGAAUUCAAUCUUUACACCAGCCGGACCUCUGACAUUCGAACAAGUAAGUCAGAACAACAACGAUCUGCCUCGCCGGACAACAAGUUUUGAUAUAAUUUCGUUUAGAUAAACGGAUACCAACCUCAGCCAAUGUACCUGCGCACAAUACCGAGACGAAGAAACCUGCUCAACAUCCAGCCCGAAAGUAUUGACAAGAUGUCCAUCGUCUGUUUCCCUCUCGCAUUUACAUUCUUUAAUGUGAGUAAACCAUUCUGUUUGUAUGUUCUCUUUUCAGCUUAUUUACUGGUGGUAUUACUUGUCCCAAUCCUUUGAGGGAUUGUCUCCACCACAGCCGGGAUAA